AUGUGCAUCUCCAACUCAACAACGAUGGUCUGCGGCAGACCCAUCGCCAACCUCCAGCAGCGAGGCACGCGCAUCACCUUCUGCGGUUCGUGUAACCGAAACAUGUACCGCCAUAUCGCCCGCGUUAAGCCGCAGGAGGGCCAGGCCGCCGCCAAGGGCUGGACCAAGCUGGCCGGAAGUAUGCACCUCAAUGGCCACGGCGAUCUCUUCAAGCGCGUCGUCUGGCCGCUCGUCCAGAACGCCAUGGGCGCCCGCCUGCGCCUUGUCAUCAAGGCCAACGCCGCCGUCCGCCAACAAGACCCUGACAUGGACGGCGUCUUCUGCCUCGUCUACCAGCCCUGGGUCGACGCCUGGCUCGACCCCUUGUGGGAGCCCCCGGACCUCACCCAGCAGACGGCUGAGCGCAUUCUGAAAAUCCGGCGGGAUGAGAAAGAGGAGGCCGAUACCAACAAUCGGCGGCGAGAAAUGGAUAACGACGGCAACAAUGGCAACGAAAAUGGCAACAAUGGCAACAAUUGCAACGAUGGCGGCGGCGGCUCCGUUUCGCAAGGGCACACAAGACAAAAGCAACAACAACAACCUCAACAACGCCGCGCCUCUUCCAUCGCCUCAGUCGACCCUCUUGAUAACAUGCCAUUUUCGUCCAUCAAGUGGAAUACCAUCUCUUGGGGAACGGACUCGGCGCCCCAACGGGACAGGAACCGACCGGCCGUUGCGCAUCUACUCCCCGAACGCCCCGCCCAUUCGACGAGCACCGAGAGCCUUGUUGCCGCCCGAUUGGACGCGUGGGCGGCAGCAGCACUCAAGACGACCCAACAGGCGCAGGGCGAACCCGACGCCCACCACGCCCACGUCGUAGCACCCUCGUCGCCGCCGGCGCCUCAGUCCACCGUUGUGUCGUCGCGUUUAUUCAACGUCACCGUCCUGGCCGAAGAAUCGGCAUCCUGUGUUGGCCUUUUUGCUCCCGCUGAUCGUCGUCGUCACGGCCAACAACAACAACAAAAACAACCUGGUUCCCGAGAUGACGGCCUGCAGCAACCGUCAGACCAUGAGGUCGCCCUAGCAAUCGCAGCUCUCACGGUCUCUGACUUUAAAAGAGAGCUGGACGUCAUCCUGAACCAGCUUGUCGACCUGGCCAUCCGCCUCCGGGAGCUCGACAUGCCCGCUGACGACGGCGAAGACGCCGUAGAUCGCAUAGCCCGCAGCAUCGUGCGGAAGGAGGUCCAGACGGAGCGCAAGCGACUGCUGCAGCUUAUUAGGUUCACAUUGGGUCUUCGCGCCGGCCGUUCAGGACUUGACAGCACUUGUGCGUUCUGGUGGUUUGAGCUGUGA